GACGCCAGCCUCAUACAGUGGCUGCCGCAACAUCGCCAUGGACACCGCGUCGCCGCUGUUUAUGCUGACGCUGUUGCUUGUGACCUUCUCAGGUGAACGGCGUGCGGUGGAAGCGGUUUCGGCUUCCGCGUCCCAGAUAGCGGCAGUGCGGUCUGCCUUGUUCAAGAACUACGAUCGCGCACUGCCGCCCCCUGGUGACCAGCUGAAAGUGAGACUCUAUAUUGACCUCCUCAACGUGGAUCUGUAUGGAUACGCGCGGGUAAUGGAGAUUGAAGGCCUUAUUUACAUUGCUUGGACGGACUCACGCUUAUCUUGGACAGGUAGUGACGUAGUAAAAAAUGUUUACGUUUAUACUGACGAGAUCUGGACACCUGACCUAGGAGUUCUACAUAGGUGGCAGGACGACCCAGACGAAUCGUCCCUGGUCAACACAAGGUGCUUCCUGUCGUCUACUGGCUACGUGGAGUGUAUGCCGCCUGCCUACUUCCGCUCGCACUGCAAGCAGGACAAUUCUCGCUGGCCCUACAGCAGGCACAACUGCACGCUGCGGCUCGCCUCCAAGUUGCCGAUCCAGAAGCUCAAGUUCGAACUUAUGGAGGUGGUUUUCGUUUACGAGCUUGCUUCGCGGAACUGGGACAAUUUUCAACUUAAGUCAUACGCCGAAGAAGUCGGAGGGAGAUCUAACGUGGUAGUAUCGUUUGAACUAAAGAGGCAUAACUUGAUACAAAUAGCAGCUUUCGUCGCUCCAGCAUUUGUGCUGGUUCUGCUGACGGUGAGCACUUGGUUCCUGCCGACCAGCUGCGACGAGCGCCUCUUGCUGGCCACCCUCUCCGUCUUCCUGCACUGCGCCGUCAUCGACAGCCUGUCGUACGCCAUGCCAGAGGACGGACACAGCGCGCCGCAGGUCGUGCUGAUGUAUCGCGACCUGCUGGUGGUAGCGUGUGCGUCCUUCAUGGCUGCCGUGGGCCUGCGGAGGUUGAGCAGCCUGCGCACGCUGGACACCCCCGUGUGGCUGCCCUCCCUGCUGGAGUCCGGGCCCGCGCGGUUCCUGCUCUGCUCGCCCCAUGGCUCUCUCAGGCUGCAGGAAGAAGACGACGCUGAGGGCCUGGUGAGCGAGGAGGAGCCAGUGACAGCAGCCACACCUGCUCCAGCGGCGCUCCUGGCGCUGCUGAUCAACCGCCUGGGUCUGGUUGCGUCGACAGCCACCUGUGUCGCCGCCCUCUCCGUCCGACUCAUGGCUUAACUCUCACUUCCCUGCCAAAUACUGGCCACUCAUAUCGAUAUCUGUGGACGGCGACUACCAUCCCAAAAUAAUUCUGGACUUACGGACAUGUCGUAAAAUGAAAUGUGCUUCCAUUCCGUCCAAUGCGAAGGAUCCCUCUUCAGGUC